GCUCGCCUUCUGACGAUGGAGCCCUUCUUGGGAACCUGGGAACUGGAAUCCAGUGAAAAGUUUAACGAGUAUCUGGAAGAGCUGGGAGUAAAUAUCUUGAUCCGCAAGGCAGCAGAGUUAGCGAAGCCAAGAGUCACUGUUAGCAUGGAUGGAGAUAGGGUGAAGAUACAAACAGAAAGUACUUUGAAGAACUCUGAGAUCUCCUUCGAACUGGGGAAAGAAUUUGAUGAAAAUACCGCAGAUGACCGACAUGUAAAGAGCAUCGUAACAUUAGACAGUGGCUCAAUGGUUCACGUCCAAAAAUGGCUCGACAAAGAGACAACAAUCAAAAGAAAAAUUGUAGAUGGAAAAAUGGUGGCGGAAUGUACCAUGAAUAACAUUGUCAGCACUCGAACCUAUCAAAAGGUGUGAAGAAAAAGGUCCACAUCAAGGAGCACUUAUCCACCAACAGGAAACUGGUACUUGAAGAAAAUAUGCCCCAAGGCCUGUAAUUUUUUAAUAAUCUAGUAUAAGCUUGCUCAAUAAAAGCAUCAAAGUAA